CAAUUUUCAAUUUCCAGUUUCUGGAGCAUCAAACCUUAUCUUAUCUCACCUUCCGACUCCGACGCCUUAAUUUGAUUUGAAAUUGAUAUUAUUAUCUUUUUCCCCCAAUGGAUUGAUUCCCAACAGGAUUAAACGAACUUCAACCGACCACUGUCGUAAUCCAUCGCGAUCAAAACCCUAAUUACCACAAACACCCUCCACAACGCUCCAUUAAUCCGCAAAUUCGAGCUCAACAAGUUUGCAUUCUUCGCCGAAAGCAAAGGGAUCGAAGCGGAUUUGCCCAUUUGUACCGCUGCUUAAGAUCAGCGUGGAAGAAUCUGCUGGCCCUACCCCCUGUUUUCGCUUUAUUUAAUUAUUCGAUGAGUUUUCAAUCCGACGCUGCCAUGUCGGGGCUUCCACUCAUCUCUGGAAGGAAUUGACGCGUUUCUUUCCCACUUUAAAAGCCCCCCUCAGCUCGCUGUUUUGUUCCUUCUCCUUUUCCCCAAUGGACGAUCAAACCCUAAUUUUGGAAAAUGGGGAUUCACAACAGAGCAGUAAUUCGGAUUCGCUCGAUGUUUAUCCUCUCAGCUGUUACUACUUCGGCUCCAAGGAAUCAGUACCGGUUAAGGAAGAGACCGUCGUCGAUCGUGUUGCGAGAAUGAGAGCUAAUUAUGAUGCUCAUGGAAUGAGGAACUCAGUUGCUGCAGUGAUUGUGGUCGAGUUAUUCAAACACCCGCACCUCUUGCUGCUGCAGCUGCGGAAUACGAUAUAUAAACUUCCCGGCGGACGCUUACGACCCGGUGAAUCAGAUGUCGACGGCUUAAAACGAAAGCUCUCGAGCAAGUUAUCCGCCGGUGAAGGUACCCGAGGACCCGACUGGGAGGUCGGAGAAUGUCUCGGAAUCUGGUGGAGGCCCGACUUCGAGUCGUUACUCUGCCCGCAUUUGCCUCCGAACAUUAAGAAGCCUAAAGAGUGUACUAAGCUCUUCCUCGUCAAGCUCCCGGAAAGUCGGAGGUUCGUGGUGCCGAAGAACUUGAGACUUCUGGCUGUCCCGUUGUGCCAACUUCACAACAACGAAGAGACUUAUGGUUCGAUAAUAUCUGGAGUUCCUCAGUUGCUGUCUAAGUUCUCCUUCAACUUUAUAGAACCCUAACCCCAACCCCAACCCCAACCCCAACCUUCCUCUGCUCGUUCUAUGUAUGUAUAUGUAUCUAUAUAUAUAUAUAUAUAUAAAAGGUGGUUGGAAAGUUGAAAAACAUACAAGUAGUUUGAAAGUAUAGGAAAGGGCAAAUUGUUUUUGUUGUGAAAAAUAUAUAUACAGAGAGAGAGAGAGAGAGAGAGAGAGAGAGAGAUGUAUGCUAUGGUGAUGAUGGGGUUUCUUGUAAGUGUGUGUUUGUUUGGGGUUUGGAUUUUGAGUUGAGAUUUGAAUAGUAAAAAUUUUGAAUUUGAAUAGUUAUAUGAUGUGAUAUAAAUAGGUGAUGAUGUGAUGUUUUG